AUGCCACUGACUACACAGAGCCAUUAUUUGUUACGCUGGUGUCCUGGAAAGGAUUGUAACAUGAUAUUUCAUGUAAAAGAGUAUCUCCCAAAACGUGUUCAAUGUACAUCAUGUGAGUCAUUGACUUGUUUCAAAUGUGGUGAAGAGUAUCAUAGUCCAACAGAUUGUGAGACAUUUAAAGAAUGGCUAGCAAAAUGUGAAGAUGAUUCUGAGACUGCCAACUACAUUGCUGCUAAUACUAAAGAUUGUCCUAAAUGUACCACUGCUAUUGAGAAAAAUGGCGGCUGUAAUCACAUGCACUGCACUAAAUGUAAACAUGAUUUUUGUUGGAUGCGCAUGGGAGACUGGUCUGCUCAUAAUACUGAGUAUUAUGAAUGCAGUCGUUACAAAAGCAAUCCUGAUAUUGGUAAAGAAAAAACUUCUGCAAGAGCAGCACUCAAAAAAUAUCUUUUUUAUUAUGAAAGAUGGUAUAAUCAUCAUCGUAGUUUGUUACUUGAAGAACAAACUCUACUUAAAAUUCAAACUCAUAUUCAUGAGAAGGUGGCCUGUGGUGAAGGGACUUGGAUUGACUGGCAGUAUUUAGUAAAAGCUGCUGAUCUAUUAAGAAAAUGUCGUUACACUCUAAAAUAUACUUAUCCAAGAGCAUAUUGGAUGGAAGGAGACAAUAAGCAAUUAUUUGAAUACCAGCAGGCUCAAUUGGAACUUGAAAUAGAAAAUCUCUCAUGGAAAGUAGAAAGAGCCAAUAUCACAGAUAGAGCAGACUUGGAGCAACAGAUGAAUAUCACAGAAAUACGUCACGUUACAUUACUAAGAGAUUUUACUAUACAAUAA